AUGGAAGAAACGGACGCGCCCAAAAAAACUGAAGAAACGGAAGAACCUAAGUUAGCCAAAGAGAUAAGCGCAUCUAUCCAAGUCAAAGGAGCAGACGAAGACAAAGAAGACAAAGAAGUAGGUCCGCUCAACGAAACCGAAGAAAUGGGUUCCUCUGGCCAAUUGAAAGGAGCAGACCCGCUGAGCAAUAGCGUGGACGACGCCCCAGAGGGGGAAGGAGGACCCGAAGAGGAUGCAGGGGAGAGGAAGAGGAGUGGCCAACAGGGAAUGAAAAAGGAAAUCAAAAAGGAAAUCAAAAAGGGGGGUGCCAGUUCGGCCGGAAGUGACACCGAGGGAAAGGUGAAAGAUGGCGAAGGGGAGAAAGGUGGCAAAAUGGAGACACCAGCUGAAGGGAACGACGCCCACCGCGAUGGAGAAGAACGAGCCAACAGCAGAGGCAGGGAAAGCUCGUUCUUUAGCGCAAUACAGAACCUCUUCCGUAGGAACAAGAAAAGCGUCCAGAGGGAGCCUCCAAAGGAGAGGGGAGAGGAGGAGCAAGCAGAUGUUUACAAAUUAAAAAAUGAAAGCGAAAGAGGUGAAGCAGGUGAAAAGUGCGGGACAGGCGAAAGGGGCGAAACAGGAGAAACGCUCGAAAAGCUACCAAGUGAGGAAUCAAAAAAAAUGAAAGACGCCGCAGAUGCAGAUGUGGACGUGGGAGCAAACAACUCUGAUUCGGAAAUACGAAGUGACGCUUCUGUUUACACAAAUGUGAAGUCGGAGGGGGGAGCUACUCAAGUGGACAAUCCAGAAGGGGAAGCUAUUCAUUUGGGUAAACCUGAGGGAAGCUGCUCAGGUGCAUCUACGAGUCAGGGUGGAGGGGAGAAUGACCAGAGAGAGGACCAACAUGGGAAGGCGGCACAUGUGAAAGGUAGCGAAGGGGAUGAAAAGGGGGAAGCAAAAUCUGCCGAUGAGAGGAGACCCCCAAACGUAGAUCCCACUGUUGUGAGAUGCUCAGAUAAAAGGGUGUCUCUUGAUUCAGGGGGCACCCGCCAAAGUGAAGGCGGCGGAAAGGGUGAAGAAGUGAAAGACGUGAUGGAAGACGCAAAGGAGGACGUAAUGGAAGGUGCAAAGGAAGACGUAAUGAAAGACACAAAGAAAGACGCAAAGAAAGAUGCAAAUUACGAAGCAGUGAAAGACGCAAAUUACGAAGCAGUGAAAGACGCAAAUUACGAAGCAGUGAAAGACGCAAAUUACGAAGCAGUGAAAGACGCAGAGGACGAACGGCGUGGCGACCGCGACGGCCGCGACGGCACCGGUGAGGUUCACCACCAGAAGGGAGACAAACCAGUGGCAGAUCCAAACGAUGGCUCUAAAGAGCUGGAGGCAAAAAUAAGUCACCGAAAUGGGGAGGAGCAGGUGAACCAAAGCAGAAGCGGAAGUGAAGAAGCAGCUGGGGGGCAGAGCGGACCGACUGAAAGUGAUCCCACAGGACAUGCCAGCGAAGCAGGCGAGGUGAAGAAGUAUGCAGGUGAGAAGUCUUCAGAAGGUGAGCAGUCUGCAGGUGAGAAGUCUGCAAAUGGUGAGCAGUCUGCAGGUGAGAUGUUUGCAAAUGGUGAGCAGUCUGCAGGUGAGAUGUUUGCAAAUGGUGAGCGGUCUUCAGGUGAUCACUCUGCAGGUGGUCACUCUACAAAGGGUGAACCAAACGAGCAGAGCGAACAACGCGAGGGCACCCCCAAUGGAGACAACGACGGAUACCUACAUGAAAUACCAAAAGGGGGAGCUGCCAAAGAGGUGAGGGGUGAAGGGAAAGACUUGGAGGGAGGAAAACUGGAGGUGGUCGAAGAGACUGCAUCGGUGAUUUCUCUUGAGGCAGGUGGAGAUGUUACAGAGGAACGAAAUUCGAAGAGCCUCUGCGUGAGCGGGUCAGCCGAUAGCAACGAAAACGACGGGCACGUCUCGAAUGUUGGCGCUUCCAAGGAAUUGACCGUUGCAGGUUCAGCGCAAUUGAGUGGUAAAGGCUCGCGGAGGGGUUCCCUCUUUAGCGGGGCAGGCGAUUUGAAAGAAAACGACUUGAAGGAGACUCCAUCCAUAAGCGGGGCAGACAAUUCAGGAGGAACUGCAUCGAGGAAGGGGUCCUAUGCUAUCGGGGCAAGUCAGUUUAAGAGGGACAGUGCAAAGAAAAACUCGCACGAUAGUAGUGUAGAUGGGUUGAGAGAAAAGGUGCCGAAAAAAAACUCAUUCGUUAGAGGGGUAGCCAACUCGAAUGAAGACAGCAGAAGGGGGGCUUCCCUCAUGAACGGUCCAGACGAUUCGCGUGAAAACGAGUCAAAGAGGGGUUCACUCGUUAGAGGAGAGGGCCACUCAGGUGAAGGGGACUCUAAGAGGGGUUCACUUGUUAGUGGAGAGGUUCACUCCGGGGAAGUAGACUCUAAGAGGGGUUCACUUGUUAGUGGAGGGGUUCACUCAGGUGAGGGAGACUCAAAUAGGGGCUCAUAUGUUAGAGGAGAGGUUCACUCAGGUGAAGGAGACUCAAAGAGGGGCUCAUCUGUUGGAAGGGAAAGCCACUCAGGUGAGGGAGACUCAAAUAGGGGUUCACUUAUUAGCAGAAACGGCCACUCCAGUGGAAACAUUUCAGCGGGGGAUUCACCUCCCAAGAGGACAACCGAUUCGAAAGAAAGGGAACCCAAGGCGGGCUCGUAUAUGAACAGGUCAGGCGAUGUGAUGGAGAAAGACACGAAAGGCAUGAAAAGCACGAAGGACACUUCGCACAUGAAUAGGCCGGACGACGUGAGUGAAAGCAGCUUGGAAAAACCACUUGUGGGUAUUGCCACUAACCUGAGCGUUAACCAGGCAUUCGGUUCAAAUGAGACUCAAUCGGAGGCAUCCUUUACGAGCAGCAAAGUCAUUUCGAAUGCAAACGGUGUAAAGGAGUCCAGAGGUGGCAGCUCAGAUAGGGAGAAUGAAAACUUGGGAAAUGACCUGGACGUUGGCAGGCCUGGGGACGCAGGUGUGAGCGAGGAAAGGAGGGAUUCACAUCUUAUCGACCCGGGUUACUCCGCUGGGAGCGGUUCGAAGAAGGAAUCACUUAUUGACAGGCCAGCCUACUCACACGAAAACGAUUCAGACGAACUCCGCAUAAGUAAUGCCACUAAAGUGUGUGCUGACUGGUCAGGUGAUUUUAUUCAAAAGGGGACAAGCAAGAGAGGGUCGCAUGCGGACCCCUCAGGGGAUUCCAGUGAUUUAAUUCCCACAAGGGGAUCAUACGUUAGGGGGACAACCCAUUUCAGUGAAAACGAGUCGAAGAGGGAUUCUUGCGUGGAAAGGACAAGCACUACAAACGAGCGAAACGAACUCCAUUUUUGCAUUAACAGGUCAGGCGAUUCGAGUGUGAAAGAGGUGAAGAGGGGUUCACACAUGGACAGUUCACCCGAUUCGAAGGAAAAAGACGCAGCUGAGUUGGACGCAGGCAGUGUGAGUGAAAAUUGUGCCGCGGGAGUCGCCAAUGUGGACAGUUCAGUUGGCUUCGAGGGAAGAAGGGGGUCCUACAUGGAGAGGCCUAGAAAGGGUUCAUAUGUGGAUGGGUCCAGAAAGGGGUCUUAUGUGGAGGGCUCCAGAAAAGGCUCAUAUGUGGAUGGGUCCAGAAGGGGGUCUUAUGGGGAGGGGUCUAGAAAGGGUUCAUAUGUUGACGGGUCAAGAAGGGGGUCUUAUGCGGAGGGGUAUAGAAAGGGGUCUUAUGAGGAGGGGUCCAGAAAAGGUUCAUAUGUGGAUGGGCCCAGAAAAGGUUCAUAUGUGGAGGGGUCCAGAAAGGGUUCAUAUGUGGAGGGGUCAAGGAGGGGCUCCUACAUGGACGGGCCCAGAACGGGGUCUUACGCGGAGGGGUCAGGAAGGGGGUCCUACAUGGAGAGGUCAAGGAAAGAUUCCCACCUGAGCAGGGAGUCCCACCUGAACGAGGACAACAGAAAGGAGGCAUCCUACGUGAUCAUCACUGGUGAUUCGAAUGAAGAAAACAGAAAGAAGGGGUCCUUCAUGAUCAGCACUGAUGAUUCGAAUGAAAGGAGCGGAAGGAAGGCCUCUCAAAUGGACAGGACUGACCAGCUGAGUGAAACCAGUUCGAAGGCGGGGUCAUACAUGGGCGAUUCGGGCGAAACGCGAACAAAGGAAAAAACGGUACUUUGUAUUAACAGGUCAGGUGAUUUGAGGGGAAGCAGAUCGAGGACGUCUUCACACAUUAGCAUGGAAAGUGACGUGAGCCAAAGAAAGGGAAGUGCAUCGAGCAUCAGUAGGUCAGGUGGGCUGAAGGAGAGCGGCACGGGGAAGACGUCGCAUGUGAGUCGGACAGACUAUUCGGGGGAAAGCGACGGAGCUGCUUCGCUCGUUGGAGAGUCAGGCAAGCCAGGCGAUUUAGACGAAGGUAAGACGAAGAAGACUUCACUUGUGGAGGAAGAAAGCGACUCGCGUGUCAGCCGAUCGGGCGCGUUAAAGGGGGACGCUUCAGACAAAUUAAGUGUUAACCAGCCGGGCGACACCCCUGAAAACGAUGCAGAAGAAAACGCCUGCAUGAAUAGGCCAAGCUACCCCGGUGAGGGCAGCCUAAUCGAAGAGCGUACGGACGACAAAACGAAGUUAAGUGUUAAGGGGCAAGAAAAUGCAAUCGAAAAGGGGGCAGUGCGGAUCUCACUCAGUGGGGGGUCCAUCAGUUCAUCUGGAAACGAAACAAGGCACUCCCCUCAUCUGGCAAGUGGAAGGUCCGUCAGUUCGUCUCGAAACGAAACAGGGCACCCCCCUCAUCUGACCAGUGGAGGCAAUUUUAUUGAAAACGAUUUGAGGGAAUGGAGACUUAGCAAAUCAACUGGGGGGUUACCUAUGAACAAGCUAGUCGAUCCAAAUGGAAAGGACUCGAAAGAACUAACAGGAGAUAGGGAGAACAGAAUAAGCGCCAACAGUUCAGGCCAGUCGAAUGAAGGCAUCCCAAAUGAGUCAUCCAUAGAAGGAGAGCCAUCGUUGAGUGUUCCCAAUUUGAGUGGAGUGAGUGGAGACAAGUCAAACAGGGGGGCGUUCACCGACAUGGCAAUCCCUUCCAGUGGCAGCGGCGGUAGGAAAACUUCCCACAUGAACAGGACAGGCGAUUCGAAUGAAGGUACUGCAAGGGAGACCUUCCACAUGAACGGGACAGGCGAUUCGAAUGAAGGUACUGCAAGGGAGACCUUCCACAUGAACAGGGCAGGCGAUUCGAAUGAAGGUACCGCGAGAGAGACCUUCCACAUGAACGGGACAGGCGAUUCGAAUGAAGGUACCGCGAGAGAGACCCCCCACAUGAACGGGACAGGCGAUUCGAAUGAAGGUACUGCAAGGGAGACCUUCCACAUGAACAGGGCAGGCGAUUCGAAUGAAGGUACCGCGAGAGAGACCCCCCACAUGAACGAGGCAGACAAUUUUGAGAAAGAAAAUACAAACGAAUCCAUCGUUAGCAUAUCGGUAGGCUCGAAAGAAAGCAACACAGAGGGGGUACGUAUGAGCAGGUCCGGCCGCUCGAAAGGCCAGCCUAUCGGUGGGGUUGGCGAUUCGGAUGGAGGGGGCGGAGGGAAGGAAUCCCACGUGGAGGGGUUAAGCGAGGGAUCCUACGUGGAGAGGUCAAAAAAGGGAUCCUACGUGCAGGAUACAAGGAAGGGAUCCCACAUUGAUAGGGAUGAUAACUGGAGUGAGAAGAACCGAAGGACGGGCUCGCAUGCUCACAGGGUAGACAGCUCAAACGAACCUAAAGAAUCAAGCAUUAACAACUCAGGCGAUUUACCUAAAAAGGGUGAAAGGAAGGAUUCCUACAUGAACAGGUCAGGCGAUUACAAUGAAGGCAACAAGGGGGAAGCCAAUGGCGUGAAGGGACCAGAUGAUUCGAAGGAAGAAAGUACAAACGAGUUGGACGCAGAUGGGUCGACGAAAUUGACGGCCAACACUUCAGGCCAUUUAGUAAAAAAUAAUGCAAAGAAGACGUCUCAUUUGAAUACGCCAAACGAUUCAAACGAAAUAGACACGAGGAAGGACUCCUGUUUUGAGAAGCCCAUUCGUUUUAGUGAAAGCGGGUCGAGGGAGACUUCACAUGUGGUGAAGUCAGAGGGGGGCGAGAUGGCCAACAGGACAGUCGACCCAAAUGGAAGCGACCCAAAUGGAAGAGACUCAAAUGAAAGAGACUCAAAUGAAAGAGGCUCAACCGAGGCAUGUAUUAACAGCGCAGGCGAUACAAAUGGAAUCACCUCUGAGGGGGUUCCCUAUGUCAGUGGGUUGGCCGAUGUAAGCGAAAGGAAGACGAAGAAGGGUUCACUUAUUGACAGGCCAGACCGUUUGAAUGAGGACCACUCGAAGAGCUUCUCAACCGACAGGGGGGGUCAUUUAGAUGAAGCACACGACAACUCAUCGGUCACGAAUGGGAAUGGAAAAUUGGCUGAGAGGGAACAACAUUUGCACACCACUAAGUUAGACGGUGCAGAAGAAAUGAACGAGACCGCUUCUCCCUCAAAUGGGGUUGACGAAUUGGCUGAGGAGAGCGAUCACCAGCCAAGCUUCAACAAGUCAGGUGAUGCCUACAAAACGGAAGAACCCACCUCGCAGGAGAACCCGGCCACCCGUUUUAAUGAAGUGAGCCAACAAGAUGUAUACACCGGUAAGUUGGCUGAUGCUGACGAAAUGGAAGACCCCACUUUGCAGGUGAGCCGAGCAGGCACCCUUUCAGAAACGCAGCGGACGGGUGGAUCCAGUGCCAGCAGCGCAGUCAGGGAAAGCCAAAAGCCGAUUAAAAAAUUGAGGGAGUAUUUUGUGAGUGGAAAAAAGGAUUCCGGGACGUUGAAAGACAGCACGAGGGAGGCAAGUGGGGGGCUGAGCGAACGGGGAACAAACGAACGGGGCAACUCCCACCAUUUUAAAACCCCCCAGGGGAAAUAUAAAUUCCAAAUGAACAUGAAGGAGGAGGAAAUAAACGAGCUGCAGAAAAAGCUCAAGGACGAAUUUCAAAUGCUGCACGAAAUGAGCAAAAAGAAAAACAGCCUGAAGAAUAUUUUGGAAAAUUGUGUGCAUGUGGAGUGUGUGGGCAGUGCAAAGCAAGCGAUUGACGAGGAGCAGUACGACCGAGUUGAUUUGAAGCACACCCUGAGUGGAAGCGGAAGUGAAAGUAGAAGCGAAGGUGACGAAACGGGGAAAGCGUACGCGAAGGUGCACGAGAAGGUGUACGCGAAGGUGCACGAGAAGGUGCACGCGAAGGGCCCCUUGGAUGACGUGCAAGACGAAAGCGCAUUUGAAGAUACGCGACCGGAGGAGGCAUUCGACAUGUCCAACUUUUCCACCGAGAUGAGUAACCGCGAAAUGAAGAAGCUGAGAAAGUGGAAGUCACUGAUGAUAUCGAAGGAGCACAAAGACGACUGGCUCUCAUCCGACGUCCUCUUAUGGUGCUUCUUGAAUUUCAUAAAAUUGAAGAAGAUAGUGAAUAUAACUGAGUUGUCGGUUAAGUUUCAAACGAAGCGGGAGAACAUUCGGAGAAAACUCAAAGAACUCGAAGAGCACGACAUGAUCCAAGGGGUCAUGGACACCGAAGAGAACUACAUCUACUUGUCCCAGGAGGAGGUGACCAAGCUGUGCGUGGAGAUCCUGUCCAUCGAGAAAAUAAAAACGCACGAGGAUUUCGUGGAAAUUUGCAACAAGGUCAUAUCUCUCAGUAUCAACGACCAGGAUGUGCAAAAAUUGAAAGAAGUGGAGGAAAAAAUCGUUGAAGCGAAUAAAAAAAGAUAUUCCGAUUUUGCCUGCACAACCUGA